AUGAUUAAAUUAUUUGUGAUAUUGUCGAUCGCGGCAUUCGCAAGUGGCCAAUACUCAGCUUCAAGGCUUGUGAGAAACAUUUAUAAUGAAUGUUUAAGUCAAUAUUCGGUGGAGUGUGUUAAACCGAGGACCCUGGAAUGGAUUUCCCGUGUCGCCAACGAUGAUGAGAUCAAGAUCACCGAAAACCUCUCAAUCGUCAAAAAUGCUGAAAUCGAAGAGGAACCUGUCGACCCCAGAAUGGCCAAAGACUCAGCUUUCGCGAUCAUCGACAAAGUAGACCGCUUUAUCGAAACACACGCAGUGAGAGUGAAAGUUCCAGAAGAAAUCUCCAACAGUGCCGCUUCUGAAUACGUGCCAAGGUCGCUGCUGACCGACCUUCCUUCAGAAUUGAAUAUGUCUUUGGACGGCGAAGAGGAAGUUGAUACCUUCGAAGGCAGGAAGAAGAAGAUCAAGCUCCCUAAGCCUUUGAGAAUCAAGAGUAAACACGGUUUCAUCAAGAAGGUGCUGCUUCCUUUCCUCCUCGGUCUGAAAUUCAAGGCUUCAGUUUUAGUUCCCCUCGCACUUGCCAUGAUCGCCUUGAAGACUUGGAAGGCUUUGACUCUUGGCCUUAUCUCUCUGGUCCUAUCUGGUGCUAUGGUCAUCUUCAAGUUCACGAAACCGAAGGUUGUCAACUAUGAAGUAAUCCACUACCCACAACACCAUGUAGAGCACCACGUCGACCAUCAUGCCCCAGCUUGGGACGCGCACGGUCCUUACCAAGCGAGGUCAUACGAAGACGCCCACGAAAUCGCCUACUCCGGACAAAUC